AUGCCAUGCUACGGCGCUAAGGCAGCGCAAUGCGAGGUUUAUCAACAUAAGCUUCCGGAUCUCCUCGAAGAAGAGCCAGGAUCUAGGGCUGGAGUUGUUAUUGGGGAGACAAACGUGCUUACGUAUUAUCACGUACCCGCCAUCAGUAAGCCCGGAAAGAUCAAUGCCGAAUAUACCGGUCUCGUAUCGCAUUCAGACGAAGGCAGGGCGCAAACGGGCCGAAAGCUCGAUUACCUGGCGCGAUCGAGUGACAUAUACGUCAACUGCGGUGCGAUGGACUGGGAGAGGUUGCCUACACUCCACCACAUUGCUGCUCGACUGGCUUAG